GUUCUGCUUCUUCCGAUACGUCUCUCUUCUCCGCCGUUUACGACCAGUAUACAGAGGCUGGAGCUGGGGAAGAAAAGGAUUGUUUAUGGAGGGAGACGUAGGAAAAGGUUUGGUAUGCCCGAAGACUAUGGAUGGGAAGGCGAGUAAUGGGAAUGGUUUAGAGAAGACUGUACCUUCUUGCUGCCUUAAGGCUAUGGCAUGUGUUCCAGAGGAUGAUGCUAAGUGCCACUCCACUGUUGUUUCUGGGUGGUUCUCGGAACCUCACCCUCGCUCUGGGAAAAGAGGCGGCAAAGCAGUCUAUUUCAACAACCCUAUGUGGCCAGGAGAAGCACACUCACUGAAAGUUGAGAAAAUUCUGUUCAAAGACAAUUCAGAUUUUCAGGAGGUCCUAGUGUUCGAGUCAGCCACGUACGGAAAGGUGCUUGUUCUAGAUGGUAUUGUACAGCUGACUGAGAAAGAUGAAUGUGCAUAUCAGGAGAUGAUAGCCCAUCUGCCUUUAUGCUCUAUAUCUUCCCCUAAAAAUGUUCUUGUUGUUGGUGGAGGUGAUGGUGGUGUUCUUCGAGAGAUUUCUCGCCAUAGUUCUGUUGAGGUUAUUGAUAUCUGUGAAAUAGACAAGAUGGUUAUAGAUGUGUCUAAGAAGUUCUUCCCCGAGUUAGCGGUUGGAUUUGAGGAUCCUCGUGUUCAACUUCACAUUGGUGAUGCUGCUGAGUUCCUCCGUAAAUCCCCUGAAGGGAAGUAUGAUGCCAUCAUUGUUGAUUCUUCAGAUCCUGUUGGUCCUGCUCUAGCGCUUGUUGAGAAGCCCUUCUUCGAAACACUGGCAAGAGCGUUGAAGCCUGGGGGGAUUCUUUGUAACAUGGCGGAAAGUAUGUGGCUCCAUACUCAUCUUAUUGAAGAUAUGAUCUCCAUUUGCCGUCAAACAUUCAAAAGUGUUCACUAUGCGUGGAGCAGCGUCCCCACAUAUCCAAGCGGCGUGAUUGGUUUCGUCUUGUGCUCUACCGAAGGACCAGCUGUUGAUUUCAAGAACCCAAUCAACCCAAUUGAGAAACUAGAUGGUGCGAUGACCCAUAAAAGAGAAUUGAAGUUUUAUAACUCUGAUAUGCACAGAGCAGCGUUCGCUUUGCCCACAUUCUUGCGGAGAGAAGUGGCUUCACUUCUGGCUUCUUGACUUCUGUUGGCUCUACAUUAUCCAUCAUGUCGAACUUUUGUAGAACUCGAAUAAUAAAUCAUUGGAGGCUUU